AUGGUACUGCUUGACUUACUCACCAUAGCCGGACUUCCCACUGCCGUCGGUGCAAGCGAAGCAGUCCACCAACAGCAAUUGCUCGACGAUGAAGCAGAAGCGCCAGAGCGCCAGGAGCCUUUCUAUCUAGAUGUAUACUGCGAUGCGCAAUCAAGAAAGAAGGAUGAAGUGCACGGCGCAAUCGUAGUCUUGAAAGACGGCAAGAUCCGACUAUGGCCCAAAGACUCCAAAACUGGCCUCCCAGAAGCGGAACCUGACAGCGGCGAGACACCGCAUCCUUUCACGGGCUUCUUCUACCCAUUUCCCACCGAAGAUCUUGAAAUACCGCACCGUCCCAUGCCUGCGCCUCCAAUCCUCGGGCUAGUAAGCACGGUACCUACCUCGUCGAAAGCAACGUCAAAAGCAAAGUCAAACACCAUGCGCCCAAAGCUGAACUGGAUAUACGCAGACAAAGAGACGCGCGAGCUCAAGUACGGACCUAGAGCAGAGGCAAAACAUCACACAGUAGGGCCAUGGGACUGGACAGAAGACGAGCAGGGUCUGACGUUGGAAGACGAGGAGAGUCUAGUUGCUGUAGAAGAAGAGAAAGGCGGGCACGGUUGGGCGAUAUAUUGGGAUAGGGAAGACGAUCGGCUGAAGCAGUGUGGUGUGUUGGAAACGAAGAGGGUGUUGAGGUGUAGUCUCGAGAGGAGACUGGUCGAAAGAAAGGAGAUGGGUGGACUGGAUGACCUAUAA